CACAUCCUUAAUAACUCCUAUUUAAUUAAAAAACUUUGCAAUUAAGCGAGCAUAUGGCAGGAAAGUCUAAAGAUGGGUGAUCCACUCAAAAAAUUAUAAGAAAGUAUAGUAGUAAAAAAAAGUAUAGCAGUAACAAAGAAACAAUAGGAUGAGAAUGAGGACAUUUCACAUGUUUUCUUCUUGUUACGUAAUUAAAGCGAUCUCAAGUUUCGUAAAAUGAUAGGAACAGGCUAUACAAAAAUCUAUUAUGCCCAUCAUUUUCAUCUCAAAUCGUCAACAAAGUUUUUAACUUUCCAUGCAGAUGCGAACUUUUCUUUCAACAAAGUCUCGCCAAGCAUGACCACUUGAUAGAUACCGGCCUCAGGUCUGCUGCUGUUUCUGCGUUACGUAUGAGGGAUUGUUUUCAUGUGUGUAGAGAGAACUGAUCGCAAUAAAACAUCUAUAACGGAGAUUUCUGUGAGUCUUGAUUUCUUCAUAUCCAAAUAUGAUGUUAAGAUCGUACACAAACCUUCUAGAUUUGGCCACUGGCAAUUUCCCUACAAUGAAGAGGGAGAAGGAGCGCGAAGGCAAACGGUUCCCGAGGGCCAUGUCUGUUCCGGGGAACAUCUGCGAUUUCGACGAUCAACAGUCGCAUCACAGUGCCGCCUUCUCCGACAAUCCGUCCUCACUCUCCAGUGACAGGAUGAUCAUCGUGGCUAAUCUGCUGCCAUUGAAAGCAACAAGAGAUGCAGACGAUAAAGAUUGGAUCUUUUCGUGGAAUGAAGAUUCCCUGCUGCUGAGACUCAAAGACGGCUUACCGGAAGACAUGGUGAUCAUCUACGUUGGCUGUUUAUGCGUCGAAAUCGACCCGGUCAACCAGGACGAUGUCUCUCACCACCUCCUCGAGAAGUUCAGAUGCAUCCCCACUUUCAUUCCGCCAACUGUUCUAGAAAAGUACUAUGAGGGCUUCUGCAAGGAGCACUUGUGGCCACUUUUCCACUACAUGCUCCCGUUCCCCACUGAUCGUGGGGCCCACUCCGACCGCUCCCUCUGGCAGGCCUACGUGUCUGUCAACAAUUCCUUUUCGCAGAAAGUCGUCGAGGUUCUUAACCCCGAUGAGGAUUUCGUUUGGAUCCACGAUUAUCAUCUGAUGGUGGUCCCCACAUUCUUGAGGAGGCGGUUCAACCGGUUGAGAAUCGGUUUCUUCUUCCACAGCACAUUCCCUUCUUCUGAGAUUUACAGGUCACUUCCGGUCAGGGAAGAGAUUCUCAAGGCUCUUUUAUGUUCAGACCUUAUUGGGUUCCACAAUUUCGAUUACGCCCGGCAUUUCCUCUCUUGCUGUAGUAGGAUGCUAGGAGUGGAGUAUCAUUCUAAAAGGGGCUACAUUGGUUUGGAGUACUAUGGGAGGAUCGUCGGUAUAAAGAUUAUGCCCAUUGGGGUCCACAUGGGACAUAUCGAGUCACUCAUGAGACUUGCGGAAAAGGAAACAAAACUCGAAGAGCUUAGGAAGCAAUUCGAAGGAAAAACGGUGUUACUAGGGGUUGAUGACAUUGAUAUCUUCAAAGGCAUCAACUUAAAGCUUCUAGCCAUGGAACACAUGCUCAAACAACACCAAGAAUGGGAAGGGAAGGCCGUUUUGGUCCAAAUCGUGACCCCUCCAAAAGGAAAAGCGAUCUACUCGGAUGAGAUCAAAUCAGAAAUCCAAGAAAGCUGUCAGAGAAUCAAUGAGAGAUUCGGUAAAGAAGGUUAUGAACCGGUUGUGCUCAUAGACUCACCCAUAUCGAGCAGCGAGAAAACAGCCUAUUAUAACAUCGCAGAGUGUCUAGUCACAACAGCAGUAAGGGAUGGGAUGAACCUGAGACCGUAUGAGUACAUAGUGUGUCGACAAGGAAUACCCGAUGGUGGCUCAACCGGGCCCAAGAAAAGUGUUUUAGUGUUAUCUGAAUUCAUUGGAUGUUCACCUUCGCUUAGUGGGGCGAUCCGGGUUAACCCGUGGAACGUUGAAGCCACUGCAGAAGCAAUGAAUGAGGGCAUAUCGAUGGAUGAAGCAGAGAAACAGCUUCGUCAUGAGAAGCACUAUCGCUACAUCAGCACACAUGACGUGGCAUACUGGUCUAGAAGCUUCUUGCAAGAUUUGGAGAAGAAGUGCACCGACCACUUCAGGAAAAGAUGCUAUGGUAUUGGGUUGGGGUUUGGAUUCAGGGUUGUGGCAUUAGACCCCAACUUCAGAAAGCUAUCGAUAGAGGAGAUUGUGUCAGCUUAUGUUAAGGCAAAGGACAGAGCAAUGUUGUUGGACUAUGAUGGAACUGUUAUGCCUCAAAGCUCUAUCAUAAAGUCACCUAGUGCACAGGUCAUCUCAAUUUUGGAUAAAAUCUCUAGUUACCAAAAUAAUAGAGUGUUUAUUGUUAGUGGGAGGGGAAGGGAAAGCUUAAGCAGUUGGUGUUCUCCCUGUCCGAAGCUGGGGCUUGCAGCAGAACACGGCUACUUCUUAAGGUGGUCACAAGGUGAAGAAUGGGAAGAGGCAAGUCAGAAUUGUGAUCUUGGAUGGAUGGAACUUGCAGAACCUGUGAUGCAAUCAUAUACAGAUGCAACAGAUGGUUCCUGCAUUGAGAAGAAGGAAAGUGCCAUUGUGUGGCAGUAUAUUGAUGCAGACCCCAGUUUUGGUUUUUCUCAGGCCAAGGAGAUGUUUGAUCAUCUUGAGAGUGUUUUAGCCAAUGAACCUGUUGCUGUCAAAGGUGGACGAUCCAUUGUAGAAGUCAAGCCCCAGGGAGUGACCAAAGGGUUGGUUGCAGAAAAGGUGUUCACCAAGAUGUCUGAAAAAGGGAAAGCAGCAGAUUUUGUGCUAUGCAUUGGGGAUGACAGAUCUGAUGAAGAUAUGUUUGAAAUGAUAGAUGUUGCUCUCUCUAGGAAUAUCCUCUCCCAAAGUGCAAAGGUCUUUGCUUGCACUGUUGGACAAAAGCCCAGCAAAGCCAAAUACUAUCUGGAUGACCCAUCUGAAGUUAUACUCAUGCUCCAAUCUCUAGCUGAAGCCACUUACGACGAAGAAGAAGCUCCGAAUACUGCCUGAAUGGGUUGGACCAUCCAUAGCUUUAGUGAUUUUGUCUGUCAGAGUUUUACAGGAGUUUUUACCACUUGAAUGUUUCAUUUUUAAUCUUUCG